AUGAGCUCCCCGUCAGCUCUAGACGGCCCAUCGCCUCCCACAGGGCGAAGAUUAAGUCGUUGGUCACGACGAAACAAGCCUAGGAACGGUACAUUCAUACUACCUGCGACUGGUGAGCGAGUGCGACGGCAAAUAACAUUGCGAAACCCAGCGAACUAUUCGGGACCGUCCUCGAUCGACGAAAACGAUGGCGAAAGCCACUUUCCACCUCUGCGCCGGACUUACUCGAGAGCUGGGACGUACAGAAACGCCGUAGAAAACACUACGGCUUCCGUGAAAGAAUUUUGGCAAUGGCUUCAAACUCCUGUCGCGAAAGGCGUCCUGAAAUGCUCUUUGGCAUAUUUGAUCGGAAGCAUGGCAACAUUUGUGCCUUUCAUUGCUAGCUUUCUGGGUAAACAAGAUGGCAAACACAUCGUAGCGACCAUCACUGUCUACUUCCAUCCUGCAAGGUCUGCUGGCUCCAUGGAGGAGGGGGCUCUACUCGGAAUAGCUGCCUUUUUGUAUGCGACAUUCAUAUCUAUUUCCAGUAUGGCGACUUCAGUGUUCUUCGAAACCCAGUUAAAUCAAAUCGAAGUCGCAUACGCCCUGGUAAUUGUGGUAUUUUGUGGCGGAGGUCUCGGCUUGGUGGGAUGGCUGAAGCAGAGGUUCAACUCGCCUUUGGUAAAUGUUGCUGCGAGCUUGGCUAGUAUUGCCAUCAUCACCGUAUUGACGAAGGAGAAUGCCAUCGUGACUGGCGUGUUUUCUGAUGACAAGAUAGUUCAGGUUCUAAAGAUGGUGAUAAUGGGCUUGUCUACAUCUUUUGUGGUUUGUCUCUUGGUAUGGCCAGUCUCAGCGCGGACUGAGCUUCGCGAGACCAUGAUCAAGACGACCGACUCACUUUCAUCUAUGCUCACGAUGAUCACCAGGGGAUUUCUCAGCGGAUCUGAAAGCGACCUACGAUCAUCAUCCUUCAACAAAGCUUUGGGUCAGUAUAAAGCAGUCUUUACACAAAUGACCAAAAAUCUCAGGGAAGCUAAGUUUGAGCAUUAUUUUCUGGGCAGAGAAGAACAGUAUAAACUGGAAACUAAGCUUGUAAACUGCCUGCAAACUCUUGCACAAUCUAUAGGUGGCCUUCGCAGCGCUGCAACAACCCAAUUUGCACUACUACGAGAAUCCGGGAACGGGGGCAACACACCCUAUGAGAACUCCUUCUCGAUUCCAAAAAUGCAAGGCUCGGUCUCCUCUACAGUCAAGCAAGAUCGUUUUGCCAUAUUGACAGCUAUCGAAGAGGCAUCUGAGGAAGGCAGUGGUGCCGAAGAUCAAGGGGAGCAGCCGCGUCCCCAGCAGGUGCGUAGGCAAGGGAGUACAACCAGUAGUCUAUUGCCAACUGUACGAACACCUUCCGAAAUAUUCUCUCAAUUUAUCAUGCAGCUAGGCCCUUCUAUGAAAUCCUUGGCUUAUACCCUCUCACAAAUCCUCGACGAACUACCGUUUGGAGAAGGGCCAGCGUACGAAAUAGCUAUCAAUGACAAUUUCCAAACCAGUUUGACGGAAGCUUUGAAACUCUAUAGUAGUGCUCGCUCCGAAGCGCUAAAAGAACUCUACAAAUCUAAGGAGAUGGACCGUGAUAGACCGGCCAGCGUUGAAGCAGAUUUUGAGGAAGUAGCUGCUAGUUGUGGGCAUUUCAGUUUUUCACUUGAAUCUUUCGCCGAGGAAAUGCAAAAUUUCCUUGGAAUUCUUGAGGAGUUGAAAGAUGUUAUUAAAAACCGACCGCAAAGGUCGUGGAAAUGGGUGCGAUUUUGGCAAAAUAGUCAACCGAGCAAAAAUCAUCAAGAUCCAGAGCAAGAGAAUCUUAUAGAUCAGAAUGCUGAGACCUCAGUACCAAAGGACUUGCCUAACUUGGUUCUUCAACGACGGCAAUCAAGAUCUUGGAAAUCUGAUACCGAGGGACAAGAGAGUAGCACAAUAGGGAUUUACCAGUGGCUGCUGUCUAUUGUAAGAUUCUUAGAGAGAGAUGACAUACGUUUCGCUAUGAAGGUUGGCAUUGGCGCCUCACUAUGGGCACUCUUCGCAUUCAUUCCCGAGACGCGGCCUAUAUAUCGACACUGGAGAGGAGAAUGGGGACUGCUAUCUUUUAUGUUGGUGUGCAGUAUGACUAUUGGAGCAUCAAAUACUACAGGAUUCGCUCGUUUUGGUGGUACCUUUAUUGGUGCUAUUGUUGCUGCUAUAGUUUGGGCCAGCUGCCAAGCAAAUCCAUUUGCACUCGCAAUUUGUGGAUGGCUCGUCAGCAUGCCUUGCUUCUACCUUAUCGUCGCGAAAGGUAAAGGACCUCUCGGUCGAUUUCUCCUCCUGACUUAUAACCUCUCGUGCUUGUACGCUUACAGUCUUUCUGCACGAGAAGCUGAAUACGACGACGAUGAGGGUGGAGAGACUCCCGCGAUCGUAGAAAUCGCGGCGCAUAGAGUUGUGUCUGUUCUGCUAGGAGUGGUGUGGGGUUUGAUCAUAUCAAGAGUCAUCUGGCCGAUCUCAGCGAGGCAAAAGUUUAAGGAUGGGUUAUCUUUACUUUGGUUACGCAUGGGUCUUAUUUGGAAAAGAGAUCCUUUAUCUGCUCUCAUCGACGGAGAGUCUGCAGAAAGCUAUAUGAAUCUUCGGGAGGAGUUUGCACUGCAGAGAUACGUUCUACGGCUCGAAAAUCUCAAAAACUCCGCGGCAAGCGAAUUUGAACUUCGGGGACCCUUUCCGCUCAAAGCAUAUGGGAGAAUAUUAGACUCUACAAACAAAAUGCUUGACGCAUUCCACGCUAUGAAUGUUGUCAUGCAAAAGGAUCCAAACCCUUCGCCAGGCGAAACGAUAUUGCUCAAGUAUACGGUUGAAGAACGUACCCAACUCUGCGCUCGAAUCUCUCAUCUCUUCCAGGUUCUUGCCUCGUCCCUCAAACUCGAAUACCCUAUGAACGAUGCUCUUCCUAGCGCUGCCAAUCCUCGCGAUCGCCUUCUAACCAAGAUAUUCCAUUACAGGAAAUCUGCAUCUAGCAGUGAAGAUCCGAGCGUUGUGGUAGCGAAAGACGAAGAUUACGAGUUGAUAUAUGCGUACGCGCUCGUCACAGGCCAACUUGCAGAAGAGAUUGGCAAAGUAGAAAAAGAAGUUGAGAUGCUAUUUGGGGCUGUGGAUGAAGAAUUGUUGAAAUUGCAGUAA